AUGGCGGUCUGUGUAGCUGUCAUAGGAAAAGAGGUAUUUCGGUUCAUUUUGGGUGAUUAUGAAAACCUUUUUUUUUCUAUUGAAGAUAUGCCGAUCUUGCUUUAGAAUUACCCGCUAUUUCUACGGACGGUUUCUCCUGAAGAAGAGCUUAAAUUUCACUACACGGUACACACUUCGCUUGAUGUUGUAGAGGAGAAGGGUAAGUUUAAUUGAGUAAAGUGAUUUACUUGCAUGAAGUGUGGAGAUUCCCUCAUGUUUUGUUAAAAGGGGCGGGGGAAGGGGCUCUAAUUUUCGUAAGAUUUCCGUUUAACCCCAUAUAUUUAUUUUGCAAACAUGUUUUGACUCUAUUCAUAUUAAACUAUUUGCGAAAAAAGCAUAAAAUUAUUGGUUCCUUCUGUGAGUACCGGAGCACAGAUUACGUAAUACAAUAGUAAUAAAAGACAGGAAACAAAACAACUCCAAAUAAAGACUAAUCCCAAGUGACCAAAAAUACAAAGCUUUCCGGUACCUGCAGAAAGACCCAAAUUAUUGCAUUCAUGAGAAAUGUGUGGGGUCAGCCGGAAAUCUUACCUGAAUUUCUUUAAAGUAGCUGAUAAGAUUUGGACCCUUCGGAUAUUUUUUCAAAGUUGCCAACAAAUAAAACAACAGUCAGUCCAGAUGUUAGCCUGAAUUUCAUCCGAUUGCUUAAGUCGUUUUCUCCUCUCAGCAACGUCUGAAUCGACUAGCCUGUGAACAGGCCUUUGGUCGAGCGGGGAACUGGGGAGAGGGAAAAGGGAAAAGGCCUGUAGACAAACACUUGGGACUGCCGUUCCACGGCACCGGCUGUGCAUCAGAUCCUGAUGCAAGAUCCUAUUGGCGAGAACACUGACUGUUGACAGGUCUGAUUGACAUCGGCUUUUCGGUCGGCACAUAGCACGCGAUCUGAUCACAAAGUGGCAAUAACAAAACAGUCCAAAGACUGUUAAGCUAGCAGGGUUGUCACUAAGGGCCGGAGGGCCGGGGAUUUCCCCCGGCUACUCAGAGCAUGAUCCCCGGCUACUUUCGUCGUUAAAUUAAACCAAACGAGCACACCUUUGAAGCACACAAAGACUAUCCAUCAAACUAAAGUUUCAUCUGCGGCAGGUUUAAGUAAUUUUGAAAUACUCGCGUGGAAAAACUAAGAAAUGUCGGAAAAAAAACAUCUGAGCAGACUUAGAUUUGGUACUAGUACACACACGCACGGCAACGAGAACGCAAUAGGUUUAUUGAGUAAAACAACUAGUUUGCACGUGCAUCAUGCUUUUUUGUACAUUUCUUGCCGUCACUGCACGACUACGACGUGAAAGUGCCUAGUUUCACAUUUUAUGGAGGAUGUAAACAAGCAACGACAAACUUUUCUUUCUCUUUCUAAACUUGAGUGCGGUCCCAAAGAAGUCAAGUCCUGGGAAAUUGGCCUACAUUAGCUAUUUUCAGUGAAUUGAAAUAAACACGACAAAGUUGGAAAAAAUGCCAAUUGAUUUUAAAGAGGACUUUUUCGCUGCUGUCACCUUGUCGAUGCUAAAAGUUCUUAGUUUCAACUGUUGUGUUGGCUUUGUGUUGAACAUGUCAAAAAAGUGGCAAAGGAAUCUGCACUCUUUGUUCACAAUGAAAGACCUGAGCAGAUCUCUGUUGACAUCACAGAAGAAGUUGAGGCUUCAUCCGAGCAUUAAAUCUCUCUGAUGCUGAUGUUGAUGAUAAUGGGGAUAAUGAUGAAGGUUUUGAAGAUGAAGACUAUGACUGAUUGCUGUGUUUAAUAAAUUGACAUUUAAGUGACCAGGCUGUAGGUAUCGAGUAUAUAAAAUAACGAACGGUCAACGGGAAAUGUUCGAUCAUUGUCUGCAGGUCAUGAUCACAUCCUCUCAGUUCUACUUCCAAGAAGUUAUAUAUAGAAGGGAAGUUGAGCAUUAGUAUUAAAUUUGCAUUCUUCUUCUCGAGUCACGUUUUGACAUCUCAGCGUCAUUUAUAAAGUAUUAGUCCUGUCUUUUAAACGCUUUUCCGUAGGUCAGUUUCUUCGUUUGUUAAGUGAUGUGUCGUUCCUAAAUUUGAGACCACUAAUGUUACCAGUUGUGCAGUUUAGUUUUGCCAUAUUUUAUCCCGUGACUUUUCGUAUGUUAGGCUUGUUUUGGCCUUAUCAUACUUUUAUUUUUCAACAAAGCAUAGUCACCUUAUGUUUAUGAUGAUUUUUGUACAUUCAUCGUCCGCUUGUCUUCUUUCCGCUUCUCCGUGGGUUAAUUCAUUUGUAAUAUUAGUUUUACUUUUGUUUUCCGUAAGUUGUUUUGUUCUUACAUAUAACUAAAUGAAGAUUUACAAUUAAUUUUACAGCGCGUGUUAUUUCAUUUGCACCAUAUAAGAAUCGAUUGUCCUUUCCACAUUUUUAACAUUUGUAAAGUAUCGUUGUGAUUUAACACUUCACUGGCCAGCAUGCGCCUUGUCUUCAUGAAGAUAAGACUGCGCGGGUAACAUGACCGGUGCCUACCUGUCAUUUUUUUCAGACCUGGUGCUUACAUGUAUAUUCCCAUUUGGCGGCCACUAAAAAAAACCUCCAACAAGCCUUUACGUAAAGUUAAAACUUAUUAUUUUAGUGUCUCAGAAUGUUGUAGUUUUUUUUUAAUAAAGAUGUGAUCAUCAUAAAACCGCUAAUGAUAGCUGUACUCUUGGUGAAGAUUGUUUUUUUGGGGUGGUAAUGCCUUUUGAAAAACGGUAGAAGUUGCACUUCAAAAACUUCGGGGAGGGGGGGGGGGGGCCUUCCCCGGCUACUUACAACAAGUACCCGGCAACUUGAAAUCUUAGUGACAACCCUGAGCUAGCUUAUUCAAAAGCUAUCAAUCAAAAGACUCACACUAUCUUUAGAAAAACACUAAGCUGGAGUUUACUGAGUCACAAUGCAAUUCCUCAUAGUUGAUGUAGCUUCGGUUUAAGCUGCACUUCAAUCUUAUAAUUUUGGAUCUGUACACUGUAAAUCACUAUCCAUGAUAAUUUUUGUAAAAACGUUCCGCAAAGAAAACUAGCAAGCUGAGCCUGUGAUAGAACAUUGCAGAAAAACAUUACAUUCACGAACUAAAGAAAAUCGCUUAGUUAUUCAGAUCCAGAAGGCAUUUUGGAGAAAAGUAAGACCCUUAUUUAGCCGCAAUAAAAAGCUUUACGCUUCAAAAGAGGUAAAAACAGAAAAUAUUCGUGCAUCAGAGAGCAAAUCCUGCCAACCAGAAAUAAAAACCACAGUAAAUUGAUAUGUAUGCCAUGACCUCUCAGUGUGAAACAAGAGGCUAAAAUCACAUUUGCUCAGUGAAAAUGUAGAACCUUCCAGAGCAUAAUCUACCCAGCAGAGAAAAAAACUUAUGUGAACAAGCAGCAUUUUGGCAUGAGGUAAAAGUCGUGUAGGCCUACCACCACCUUUUAUGCUAUAAAUACCCGAAGGUGCAAUUCCUGUCGGCGAUCGAAGCACUGCUGAUCUUUUUGUACUUGUCUUUGGAGCUUCACGUUCUGAAGAAGUCAUGAUAGUAUCUGUACCUUUCACAUUCCAAGUUCGCUCAUUGCAGGGGCUUGUUAAAUUAGAAACUGAACUAGCAAGACACACACAAGUUAAGCAGCUUAAAUCCGAAAAGCUUUCUCUUUGCUCAAGGGGAAAUCUUAAGGAUUCAAAUGCUUGCACUGGUACAACGCUCUCUUGACCACUGCACCAAAGACCGGCACCGUAAUAAUUCUCUUACCGGAGAUCAACAACUUUUUGCAAAAUCAACAAUGAGGCUUGUGCUCCAUUUCACUCUGUUUUCAGACGGAGCAAAACACCACUCAUUUCCCGUUAACUUUCCCGGGAGUUACUCACACGCGAAAUUGAUUUACAGAUAUAACGAUCUUACUGACAGAUGACCGGCAGGAUAAUGACAAGAGGGCGGAAUAGCGGCCUCAAAUGAUUGUCUACAGGCUCUCUCCCCUCUUUCCCUUUCCUAUCCUCGCUAUUUUUUUCCCAAACAGAGAGCCUGUUCACAGGCUAGAAUCGACCAGCCGUUAAUACCGUCCAGUGACGUCACUACUACCUGAAAACCGGGUAGUGAUUUUGAUUGGCUGAUUGUCUAAAUGGGAUUGUCGCUCGAUAUUUAGUGGAUCGCAUCAGUGGCAUGCUUGCAUGGAGCUCAAACAGUUCUAUAAUCUUUAUCAUAAACAGCAAAAUUUCCUCUUCAAAACUGAAUUGCUAAAUUUAUCUGCGAAUGAAGAAUCAUUGCGGUGAGUCGGUAAGGUUUUCAUUUAGAACCACUUUGUGGUUUCUACAGUGAUUUUGUUUAUGCAAAGUUUCUGAGACCAAUAAUUUCAUGUUGUCAUUCAACCUUCUUUCUAUUUUCACCGUCAAGUGCAAUGAUUCUGUUAGCUUUUCUUUCUUGUUUCCUUGUUUUGUUUUUUCUUCGUUAAGGACCAAAUAGCUUCUUUUCAAUUAAAGAAACUGUUGUGUUAUUUAACUAAGUGUUCUGUGUGUGUAUUUAUUGCAUUGCAUGAUGGCGACCAGGUUUGAAUUACAACCGGUUCAAAGUGCUGUAUGCAGUAGUUGAUAGUUUGAACGUUAAACAAGAAUUACGAUCGAAAAGAGUAAAGCAAUUUUGUCAGCUGUUUUGUAUCAUGUAGACAUUUCCAAACUAUAUUUUUUGGUUGCCACUUGAAAAUCGUGUUUUACUUUUUGCAAGAAUUAAAGCAAAGGAGUAGUGACGUCACUGCACGGCAUUAACGGCUGGUUGAUUCAAACGUUACUGAGGGAGUAACAACAACUCGAAGUAAUCAGAUUAAAUUCAGGCUACCCAGACGUAGUGUGUGUCAACAACAUGGACAAAAUCAGAUCGAUCGGAGCGAGACUAAGGGUCGAUGAUAUUCUACUGUGGAGGAAUUAAAAAAUAUGUAAUGUUUCAAAUAAAUGUAUCUUUAACAAUUAUUCCUCAAGCCCGAAUGGGCUUUGAGUCAAUAGCCCAUGAGGCUGAAGUCGGAAUGGGCUAUUGACUCAGAGACCAUGAGGGCGAGAGGAAUAAUUGUUUUAGUAAAAUCCAACUAGUGGGUCUAAAAUAUCGAGAAUAAAAAAAUUUUAGCUAGUUAAAGCCAGACUUUAAUCCUUUUUUGAUGCCAAAAAGCCCAUGCUUUUCGUUACUAAUGGGCUAUAACAUAUAGCCUAGUAGUAGCUCAACCAAUCAGAUCGCAGCAUUGAUAAAAGACCACUGGUUGGAUUUUACUAAUUACCAUUAUCUCUUUGUGUAUUGACUGACCUGGUUUAUUUUCCCCCUAAAAUUGUCUUUUUUCUUAUCGAAUCUGACACUUUUGUAGCCUGAAUUUCAUCCAAUUACUUCAAGUCAUUAUUGCUCCCUCAAGAGGAGAAAACGACUCGAAGCAAUCGGAUGAAUUUCAGGCUAACACUUUUGUGAGCUACCACAUUUAAAACCCUACCAUCAAACUAGUUUUAUUUUGACUGCUAGGCUCUUUUAGAUCAAUAGUAGGUUUUUAAAUGUGGUGGCUUGCAAGAGUGUCAGAUUCGAUAAGAAACAGAAUUUUUUGGAGAAAAUAAACCAGGACAAGUCAAAACAACAAAGAGAUAAUGGUAAAGACACAUUUAUUUGCAAUAUUACAUACUUUUAAAUUCCUCUUCAGUAGAAUAUUUCCGACUCUUAGUCUAGCUCUAAAUUGAUCUGAUUUUGUCUAUGUUGUUGACACACACUACCUCUGGGCUGCCUGUGAUAAGGCAAGUACCCUUUGUAUUUCAUUUUUGAAAGGGUACCAACUGUAACAAACAUUAUUUCCUGAUUGGCUGAUAUCCUGCAGUUAAUUCUUCAUAACCAACUAGCGUUGACCAAAUUGGGAAGAUAUUUGUGAUAUGUGGAAAAAGACGUCACAUUUUAGUACAGCUUAAAUGCUAAACAAAUUGGUGGCAACUGAGAAACCCAAAGGUUGGAACCUUUUGCAUGUUUUGCAAAGAAGAAAUUGCCAAACUACUGCCUAAAAACAUCGCAAGAAUAAGAACUCAACAGAUGACAUGUGCUAUUUAUAAAAUAGCUGCUGGACUCAGUACAUAAAACAUCCUUUUUAUUCAUGAACGUUAUGAGAAAUAGGCAAAUAAAGACGGGAACUUGACAUUGGUGGAGGUAAGCACGUUGUAGCUUGUUUUUAAAGAAAUCGGGAAUCGGGAUUGGGGGGUGAUGGAUUUUCCUGCCAUUUUUAAGGGGUUGUGGGAGAAAAAAUGGAACGUCCCUUUGUAUCAAUUGUUAAAUAUUGUGUCUGGUUUAAAAAUCAAAAUAAAUGGCUGGGUUGAAUUCUCCUAUUUAGCGAGUAGUACUCUCCUCUACAGUAACAGAGAUACAUGUGUACACUCAGGCUGUCGCAAACGACAAAUAGCACGUGGGCAUUUUGACAUGAAUGUAAGCUUAACCAAUAGAUAAAAUCAGCAAUCACAGGAAAUUCCUGUGUGGCCAAACUAUGAGCGAUAAAAGAAUAGGAUCGAGUAGAUUUACGACCAGUUUUUUGUGACAGUGCGAGUGUCAGAGAGUUGUACCUGAGGUGAUCGAAUUGUGACUGUGAGAAUAAAUACCUUGAAAACAUUUUGUGAAUUUUGGAGAGCACUGAAGUAGAGCGGACAUUCUCCAAAAGGCAAUCCCCUUACACAGGCUGUUAAAAGAUUAGGUUUUUGAAAUUGUUUUGAUUGAAAGUUUCACAGAGCUGUUUUAGUUAUGAUUUGUAACUCUAACAUUGUGUUUAACAUAUUUAGUGUCAUCACUUACUAAAAGUUCCAAUGACCCUCGAGAGCUCUACCUUGGUUUGCUAUAUCCAACAGAAGACUAUAAAGUGUAUCCUUUACUAGAGUUUUACAACUGAAGGACAAUGGUCAUUCAGUAAGAAUUAUUAUUAUUUUGUUUGGUUUGUAUAUAAGAGAGAGAUGGCCCAUUAAAAAUUGAAAGAAAUAGACUGUCAAAAUAUCGCUAACUAUUACCUUAUCUUUUUCAUGCAUCAACAGCAAGUCUGACCUAAGUGUUUUGUUGGAUUUGAAAACAGCUCCUAUGCAACAAUAUGUUGUAGGCAAAAGGCAAAAAGGUUUAGAUAACCUGAAGGGACCUGAACUGCUGUAGAUUUUGUUUUAGUUAGGAUUUCUUUAUCAAAUGUCUGGUUUCAAUGUGGAUACAUCUAUCAGAAAAGAGCAGAGGACAAAUGUUACAGGUCCAAUUCAAUUUCAGGUUAAUUUUGAUUUAAUCUAGGUUGAUUCUCAAAUUCCUUGUCUCCUUACUCUAGGAGACGAUGGGGAAUCAACCUAGUUUAAAACAUUUUAAUCUGGAAUCAAAUCUUACCUGUAACAUAAAUGCUUCUUUUUCCUGGAGAUAACCAAGCUAUGAGAUUUUUCUUUAGAUCGUAUGAGCACUUGAUUAAUAUUCUUAAUGUAUUGGCAUCAUAGUAAGAAAUUAAUUUUGUCACAGCUAAAUUAUUUCUUUCCCACCCUUUUUGUAACAAUGCCAACUUUUAAUUUCCUUGACCAAAAGUGAAAGAUAUGGUUAUGUAACAAAUACUAAGAUCAAGUUUGUAGUUGUUGUGGAAUCAGCUAACACUGCUUUAAGAGAUAAUGAAAUAAGAACAGUGAGUGAUGGCAUUAUCUACCUUUAUGUUAAGUUGUUUUUGGAUUAUAUUCUACAGUCAAACUUCCACUAAUUAGGUCAGUAACAGAGCAUAGGAGACUGGUGAUUUUCAGGAAGGCAUGUGAAACACUUUUUAAUUUUGUUAACGCUAAGCACUUAAAUUACAAGUGAAACAACAUCAAGGCUGUGCUCUAAGAAAAACUGAAGGGAGCCUGGCAGUGCUCUGAACCUGAAUAAUGUCUAGGGUGCCCAUGCGCGCAGCAUAUGAUUUGUGUCAAAAACAAAACAAUGCCAGAUUUUCCAGUUGCCUGAGAGCAAAAGUUGAGCACCAGGGGCCACCAGGCUCUGCAAGAACACAGCCAUGAACCUGAACUACCCUGGUUCUAUUUUUUCCAGCAAAAGAUUAGCAAUAACUACUUGUUGCAUUUUCUCCCAAGUUAUCACACACAUUUUGUUUUUCACACUGGUCUAUUUCAUUGGAGUUGGUGAAAGGAUUUCUGCAACAACGUUGUUUUACAGAUCAUGAAAUUGCAAAAGCUCGCACAAUGCCACGUGGUACAUUGCCGUUUCUAGUUGUCUGAAGUUUACCUUCACCAUUGAAGCUUUUGAUUUCUUAGGUCAUUUCUGUCCCUUUUUUGCUUGCAGAUGUUUCGGAAACUUCAUGUUGCUUAUACAGACAUGUUUUGCAAUCCUUUCUAUAAUCCUGGAGAAAACAUCACGUCAAGGUGGGAUCAGAAAAAAUAUCAUACUUUUGAAGUGUAAAAAUAAAGUUUACUUAUGUUGAUCUCCUAUUUUUUUCUGUAGAAUAUUUGAAAGGACUGUCUUAGGAAUGAUGAAGCAAGAUUGAUCAGUAUACAUUUGACUGUGUAAAUUUAUUUAAGACUCCUGAUCCUUCAGGAUUUAUGAUUUAGAGCCAUCCAUUCUGUAAAAUAGUAUCCAAGGCAUAGUAAUAAUCUUAUAAAACAGGGCAAUAAAUAGAAUGCUUUCUGUACUGCAUGCUGUCUUUCACAACAGGGCUUCUGUAGACUAUGAGCAGUCUCUCUCUUUUCUUCCGGGUCCGUCGAACAAAACGCCUGAGACACGCAAAUGACCACGCGCGUGACUGAAGGCGCGAGGCU